AGAGAGAGAGAGAGAAAGAGAGGGACUGCGCUUAGAGCUGGAGUGCGCGCGGGAUAGCACACCGGCUGGAUCGGGGAGUCGAGAAGAUGGAGAUCCGACCAGACAGGUUUAAGGCGGUUGCAGCCAAGAAUCUGGGAAAGAUACACAGAAUCCUAGAAAAGCGUCAGCCCAAUGGGGAGACCAUCGAGCUUUCGGCCGAGGGCCGCCCAGAGCUUGUGGAGGAGAAGGAGAUGCCCGUGGUGGACUGCACCUGCUUCGGCCUUCCCCGUCGUUACAUCAUCGCCAUCCUCUCAGGCCUGGGCUUCUGCAUCUCCUUCGGCAUCCGCUGCAACCUGGGCGUGGCCAUCGUCAGCAUGGUCAACGACCACACCGUCUGGAAGGGUAACAAGGAGGUCCUGGUGGCAGCACAGUUCAGCUGGGAUCCAGAGACCGUGGGGAUGAUCCACGGGUCCUUCUUCUGGGGAUACAUCGUCACACAGAUUCCCGGAGGUUUUAUAUGUCAAAAAUAUAAAGCUAACAACGUGUUUGGCUUCGCCAUAGUGGCCACAUCCACUCUCAACAUGCUGAUUCCAUCUGCUGCUCGUACACACUACAGCUGUGUCAUACUAGUCAGGAUAUGCCAAGGCCUCGUCGAGGGCGUAUCUUACCCAGCAUGCCAUGGGAUCUGGGCCAAAUGGGCCCCGCCUCUAGAGAGAAGUCGACUGGCCACAACAGCAUUCUGUGGUUCCUAUGCGGGAGCUGUGGUGGCCAUGCCUCUUGCUGGGGUGUUGGUUCAGUAUGUAGGGUGGCCUUCAGUCUUCUACGUCUAUGGCAGUUUUGGGAUAGCAUGGUAUCUCUUCUGGAUCCUGGUGUCGUAUGAAAGCCCGGCAGCCCACCCCACUAUCACCCCUGAGGAGAGGAAGUACAUUGAGGAAGCCAUCGGAGAGUCAGCAGGUUUUGCCAAUCCUCUACAGAAAUUCAAAACCCCGUGGAGAGCAUUCUUCACGUCCAUGCCGGUGUACGCCAUUAUCGUAGCCAACUUCUGCAGGAGCUGGACUUUCUACCUGCUUCUCAUCAGCCAGCCGGCCUACUUUGAGGAAGUGUUUGGCUUUGAGAUCAGCAAGGUGGGGAUGGUGUCGGCCUUGCCACAUCUGGUGAUGACCAUCAUUGUGCCCAUCGGGGGACAGCUGGCCGACUACCUUCGAACACACAACAUCAUGACCACCACCAACGUCAGGAAGCUCAUGAACUGUGGAGGGUUUGGAAUGGAGGCCACCUUCUUGCUGGUGGUGGGAUACUCUCACACCAAGGUCAUGGCCAUCUCCUUUUUAGUCAUCGCUGUGGGCUUCAGCGGAUUUGCCAUCUCAGGUUUCAACGUGAAUCACUUGGAUAUUGCCCCCCGCUAUGCCAGCAUUUUGAUGGGCAUUUCCAACGGAGUGGGCACCUUGUCGGGAAUGGUGUGCCCUCUUAUAGUGGGCGCCAUGACCAAACACAAGACACGUGAAGAUUGGCAGGGUGUCUUCCUCAUUGCUUCAGUUGUUCACUAUGGUGGAGUGAUUUUCUAUGGAAUCUUUGCGUCAGGGGAGAAGCAGCCGUGGGCGGACCAGGAGGACACCAGCGAUGAGAAGUGUGGCAUCAUCGACGAGGACGAACUGGCCAAUGAGACGGAAGAGAUGUACCGCACUGGCGGAGGGGGGCAGUACGGAGCCAUGAGCCAGCCAACAGCGGGCCCCAACGGAGGAGGGGGUGCUGGAGGGGGGGCAGGGUGGGUCCAGGACUGGGAGAAGACGGAGGAAUAUGUUCAGCCUCCGGGAUACAACCAGUAACUCUACAGAGGGGAGGGAGAGAGGGAGCUCACAUAAUGCCCUAUUCAGACUUGAGAUAAGUUGACUAAACGUGGACCUUAGUCUAAAAAGGCUGACUUAAGUCCAUGUUAAGUAUACUGUCCCUUUCUCAAGUCUGAAGAAAGGGGAGAUAGGGAAGAGAGGGGAGAUAGGGAAGAGAGGGGAGAUAGGGGAGAUGGGGAAGAGAGGGGAGAUAGGGAAGAGAGGGGAGAUAGGGAAGAGAGAGAGAGGUGAAAUAAGAAAGGGCAGAUGGUUUGGAAAAUGACAUGUAGUGAGGGAAGAUAGAGGGUUAGCAAAUUGUCAUAGGUGUGUUUUUGUAUAUACGUACAUUUACACAUGUGGGACAUUAUAUGAAUUGUAUGCAUUUGAAUAAGUGUGUGUGUGUGUGUGUAUGUGUGUGUGUGUGUGUGUGUGUGUGUGUGCGCGCGCGUGCGUGCGUGUGCGUGCGUGCGUGCGUGCAUGAACAUUUUGCCUGUUGACCCUGAAACUCUAAUUGGGUCACUGUUGCUCACUCAUCAGUUGAGUUUAAUUUACAUGUAAUUUACUUUCAAACGAAUAAUUCUCCAUGAGCUGUCUGUCGGCUUUGUGAGUGUCUCUGGAAAUCAAAUGUAAGUGUCUCGUUUUUGAAAAGCUUGUUGUUUAUAAGCAUGGGUGGUAUGGAUGACUGCGACUCGGCCCAAUGCUUAUUUUCAGUUGCUACUGGCCUAUGUUGCACACAGCAGUCCAAUGUUUCGAGCAUCGGCAAAGUGGGCAUUAUAUCCAUGAGAAAGGGCCAUGGGUUACUCCACUGAAUCCUGUCAGAGAGCAGUUAAAUGGUGCUCCAGAAUUCUGUCAUUAUUGUCACAUUACCCUCUCAGUAUUUUAGGCAUUUUGCCAAAAUCACUGAAUGCACUUAUAUGUAGAAGUCAAUAUUUACUGUAUGUAGGCUACUGUUCCUUUCUAUAUACGUUUCUAUGUAUUAGACAGUAUUCUCCCGAAGUGUGUGUGUGUGUGUGUGUGUGUGUGUGUGUGUGUGUGUGUGUGUGUGUGUGUGUGUCUGUGUGUGUGUGUGUGUGUGUGUGUGUGUGUGUGUGUGUGUGUGUGUGUGUGUGUGUGUGUCGGGUGCAGGUGCUGGAACAUUGUGCGGUGAGCAUGCUGUAAUGAUGGUUUCAUGGGUGCAGUGAGUGCACCACACAACGUGUCCAUGUGACAAGAGAAGUAAUGAUGACUUAGGAUGUUAAUGUGUGAACACACGCUGCUUUAUUAUUUCAUUUGAUGAAACUUGUCGGCCUGUCAGUGAAUGACUGACUGUUGGUGAAUUGUGUGUUAACCUUUUGUGCAGUGAUGGAAAACAUGUGCGGUUGCCAUUGCACCACAGCGUGCAAUGUGUGUCUAGUACUGGUCUUUAGCAAUAUGAACUGUAUCUUCAGGUGUGUGUGUUCUGUCAUACUAUACAGUGUAUGUUUGCGAGGCUAAGGGGGACUGUAUGCUUUACGUGUCCUGAACAGAACAUUUGAGCAACCAAUCCUGGACUUGUUACUCUAGUUGUUGUUGUUGUUGUUGUUUUUCUGUUGAUUUCUUUUGUCUCUUGGAUUCUUACUUUCCUGUUUCCAUGUUCUCCUCCGUCUUGUUGAAACGUACCUGUGGGGAUACAACAUGUGAAAACACAUACAGACAUAUACAUACAAAAACACACAACAAAUAUGACAUGUAUGAAAUAUGUAUAUGUGUAAAAUAAAAGGUGUAUAUAA